AUGGGCGGACGCGUAGAGAUUCAACUGGCUACUCAGACUUCAUACAUGUUUAUAUGCAUCCUGGUUUGUCAGAUGUACCUAAUGGCAGAGUCGGUUGUCCCCUUACUUGUUUACAAGCCUGUUGCGUUUAUCCCUGGGGCCCACUUGAAGGGCACUAUGGUAACAAACCGUCCAUCUCAUGUUCAAGUAGUCUGUAUAGGGUCAGGCAGUCAACUUGAGAAACUGUUCUUACAACAGGAGACAUGGCGUCGAGACAUUGGCAGGUUAACAUUGGGACCGAUGGGCCCGUUCUCUCAUCUCACAGCACAUCCCACACACAAGCAACCAAACAUACACAAGCGCACAAUAUCUCCUACCUUAGAGUAUGAGAGUACACAAGCGUCCGCACUUGUGAGCACCCGUCAAAAGGGCAUAACAAACAAAAUGCUACUGUUCAAAUGGACUGGAACAGGCCUAUAA